AUUUAAUCUAGGAUAGUGAUGAUGUACAACAGCUUUUAGCACACAAGUAUUGCUGGACUGCAAUUCUAGGAGAUCAGAUUUUACUGCAAUCCAAGCAAAGUAUUGGUAAGCACAACAGGAAGGGAAACAGAUACAUUUGGACAAGAAUAAAGUACUGUCUGUCGAAGCAGGUUUAUACUUUGGAGUUGUUUUCUAAUACACCACCACUAACUGUGCUCUAGGCCAUGUAGUGCAUGCUCUGGAAGCAGAAAGUUUGUGCUUUAUAGAAUGGGUGUAAGUCUGACAAGCAUUAUAAUUGUUGUAAAUUGCUUUUCCAUUUUUAUCCUUCUUGCAGUCAUUGCUUUAUCUCUAUAUUGCAUCCAAAGCCUGUCAUCUUGUUGUCAUGCAGCUGACAAAAGGUAAUCUUAAGGCUUCAUUCACCUGACCUAUUUUUUUCACCAUGUAUUUUAGGAUGAGGUGGUUCUUAAGUACCUGGGUUUCUCCAUUGACCAGAAUGGGAGUUUAGAUUAUGUGUCCUUAUGAAAGCAUCUGUGUUGGAUCAGCUGAGUCACACCCUGGCAGUGUGCUGGUGCCUUGCAGUGCUUUAGGGACAAUAACUGUUCCAUUACAAGGUGGAGAAUGGAAGCAGCUGAGGAAGGGGGGAGCAUCAGUUGAGAAUGUGAACAUGCAUUAAGGUGGUACAUUCUUGACAUGCAUCAGAAACAGUGUGGCCAAGCAGGACCAAAACAAUGAUUGUCCCCUUCUCAGCACUCACACCUCAAAUCGUAUGUUCACUUUUGGGAUCCCUCACUGCAAGAAAGACAUUGAGGUACUAGAGCGUGUCCAGAGAAGGGCAAAAGAGCUGGUAAAGGAUCUGGAGCACAGCUCUGAUGAGAAGCAACUGGCAGAGCUGGGGAUGUGUAGCCUGGAGAAGAAGAAGAAGCUCAGAGGAGACCUUAUCUCUCCCUACAAGUACCUGGAAGGGAACUGCAGCAAGGUGGGGAUCAGUUUCCUCUCAAGUCACAAGUGACAGGAUGAGAGGAAAUGGCUCAAGUUUAGAUUGAAUAUGAGGAAAAAAUUCUUCAUUCAGAAGGUGGCCAGGCAUUGGAACAGCCUGCCCAGGGAAGUGGUGGAAUUACAAUACCUUAAAGUGUACAAAAACCACAUAGAUGUGACACUUGGGGACACGGUUUAGUGGUGAACCUAGCAGUGCGGUUUGCAGGUGAAAAAUUCCUCACUGAACAGGAGAAUUAUUUUUGACAAAGCCUCAAAGCUUUAAUGGCUUAGGUGAGGAGGAGAAGGUCUCAAGCCAGAAGUGUCCCACACACAGAAGGAAUAAUACAGGGGGUUUGCUUUGAGACCAGAUGGCUGAGUGCAAAGCUGAAAUGUGGGAAUGCUGGCACGGCCCUGACAUGAAGGAAUGGGUGCAGUGAAAUUCACAAUCUUUGUUUUAAUAGAUCAUAUCCGAGAUGCUAUUCCUGGAGACAACUGCUGUAGGUCAAACAUUUAUCAGAGAUGGCCUAAUCAAUAGUGUCAAUUAAAACUGCAAGGAGGGAGAGAACAAAGAGAGUUGAGAUCAGAGAGAAGACGAUCGAUGACCGCUUGAGAGACCAACAGUCCUUCUGAAACAAGAAAUCCAGGGGGGAAACUACAGAGGAGACUCCACAAUGAAUAAAGCACUCUUUUACAAGUUUUUGCCAUGAUGUUUCAGCAGCUGAAGGAUGAGCCAGUCCAGAUGCAUAAGGACAAUUGGAGGAAAAUCCAAGACCAUGUGCAUCAUCCCAGGCUGUUUGACUUGGAUCCUGACCUGCUGCCCCUUUUCCAGUACAACUGCAAGCAGUUUGCCAGCCCUCAGGAGUGCCUCUCUGCCCCUGAGUUCCUGGAUCACAUCAGGAAGGUGAUGCUGGUGAUUGAUGCUGCUGUGAGCCACCUGGAGAACUUGUCCUGCCUGGAAGAGUAUCUCUGCAACCUUGGCAAGAAGCACCAGGCAGUUGGUGUGAAGGUUGAGUCUUUCUCGACUGUCGGCGAGUCCUUGCUGUACAUGCUGGAGAAAUGCCUUGGUGCUGCCUUCAGCCCAGAGGUGCAGGAAGCUUGGAGCAAACUCUACAGUGCUGUGGUGAAAGCCAUGCAACGUGGCUGGGAGAGCCUCCCAGAAGGGGACUAGCUCCUGCCAGCCAUCCCUGUCCCUGACCGUGCAGCGCUCCUGAGCACAGGGAGUCUCACACCACACUCGCUGCCUCUCCCCACCUCUGUCUUGCUGUGUGCCCCAGCCCAUGGCUGCGUCUGCCACUCACACUGCUGCAGGGCUCUCACCUGGUUCCAUCCUGCUUCAACACGAGCGUGUGUCUGCCUUUGCUCAGGGCUGGCAGGGCGUGUCCCUGCAGAAAGCCUGGCAGUGCCGCAGCACAGCUAUGCCACCCUGCCCCAAGUUCCUUCAGGAACACCAACACCCAGGUGCCUACUCUGGGUUUUAGCUUGCUCAUCUUCCCUCCUCUUGCUACCCCAGGUAGGUGACAGCUGGCACUUGGGGUUGGGCUUAUUUGCCCAAAAUCCCAUUUGCUGUGCUUUACCUGCCAGGUCUGACAUGCUCAGUCCUCCUGUGCUGCUGUACCUGGCUCAGCUGUGGCAGUGACAGAUUUGGCUCCAUCCAGGUCAAAAGGCAGCAAGAGAGCAAGGCUGGUCACACCGUGUGGCUGUCCUCAAACCUUGCAGAGAGUUUUCCCCCUCUCCCAUCAUCAAUAUAUCCCUACCAGAUGGUUGAUCCUGGUGCUUUUUUCUUCCUUGCCUCUGACCUGGAUGGGAUCCCUGGCUUUUCCCUGUGUCAGGUUGGCCACAACCCAGUAGGUUUCCUAGGAGUGCUUCAGGCAAUGGUGUCACAUUAAUCCCAAGGUGAGACUACUUUUGGCAGGGUUGGGCUGUCAGCUGAAAGGCUUUGUGUUGAUUUGGCCAGCUGGUUUAACCUUAGAGCUAUCUGAAAUGCAGCAACAGCAGCAGUAGCAAUGCCUGUUUACUGCUUUGUGUUUAGGAAAAUAAAAUAAAUCCAAGGAAAAGAUGUCUUUAAAAUGAAGGUUGCAAUCGUGUCAUAGCAACAGCUUCCAGAAAUUCUGGCUCUUGGCCAGAGGAAGCAGAGCUGGAAUCUUUCUGCCAAUGCUGUCAGAAUCUGGAGCGCUCCCCAGCUGCUCACAGUGCCCAUCUGCAGAGUUCCUCACGCUUACAGCAAUGAGGAGACAGCAUCUGCUAGAAGAAAUCUCAGAAAACUGCUGAGAGGCAGCACCUGAAGGCUUUGUGAAGGGGCUGAACUUGAGCACGUUGAGGAAGAGUUCAUCUUUAUGGGGAAGUCACUGUGGAAUAUGUAGAACAAUGUUUCUGGCCACUGUUAGCCCCAGACAAGGACAUGGAGCAAUUAUUCAGUUACAGGCACCCUUUUUUCUGCUUCUUCAGGGCAGUAGGAGCCCAGUGUUGAGGUCUGAGAUGCUCCUGUUCUGAAGACACAUUCCUCCUGUUCUCAGAUGUCCUCCACUCUGGGGCAGGAGAAAGCUGCCUGCUCAAUGUAACUGAGGUCUCCUAGGCCCCUGCCAUGGAGGGGAUGAUGAGGUGCCCUGUAAGAUGGGUCUCUAGUGCAGUGCCAUGGGCUACCAUCAAAAACCCCCCCAAGGUGUGUUUGGAGGAAAGUUAACAGGUGUUGUGAAACAGACAGUGUUCCUUGUCUUCCCCAUGGUACCAUGUUCUGCCCCUGCAGCCCUGCAGUGUGGUGGUGUCCUGCCCAUCCUGGCCCAUGACUCUCUCCAUCAGCUGAGUCAGGUGGAGUUCUCCCCAUUCUUGCACCCAGUAGUGAGGGAUGGAGGAGCUGGGGCUUUGAUGGCGCUGUAGGGGGCACGAGGGUUUGGGAAUGUCCUCUUUGCAACCCUGUUAUGGGGCAUCAGCCUUCAGCAUCAUGGGACACCUCCUGGCUCCGUGUGACAAGUAGGCAGCUCUGUGAUGGGUGGGAUAUGAGUGUUACUACCCAAACCAUCCCUGCUCCCUCUAGCUUUCCCAGCUCCUUGACGUCUGCUCUUCUGUGCCACAUUUUAUGUAACUCCCAAGAGAACUGGUUUGUGUGCCUCUUAUACCCAGCUGUACUGUUUAUUAAAAAACAACAGUGAGUCUUCGCCUUU